AUGAGCUUCAACACAGCACGGAGCGGUUUGCCGAACCUUGCUCGGACAGCCAAAAGCCAUGGACAAAGCCUUCUCGUGCUCGGACGCGCAGGAUCCAAAUCCAUAUUCACCCCUGGACGGAGAGGAUUUUUGACGAUCAUUCAGCAAGGGCACGAGGGAUGGAGGUUGACUCUUGGUCGCAACCCCGUCCGAUUGACACCUGGAUUGAAUGUGGCCAUUCCGGUCCUUCAUACUGUGAAGAAACUUGACCUUCGAGAAUCAUCUGUGAACAUCCCCAACCUGCCAGCAUACACGUCCGACAACGUCCCAGUUUUAUGCUCCGGAUCCCUCUUCUAUCGUAUCGACGACGGUUACAAAGCCUGCUUUGCAGUUUCUGACGUAGAGAAGAACGUACAAAAUAUUGGAACAUCGGCGGUCCGAUCCGUUCUGGGGACUUUCUCCUAUGACCAAGUUAUCGCUGAUAGAAAUGGUCUUAACCAGAAGCUGAACGCAGUCAUUGGGAAUUCGAUCUCCGGUUGGGGUGUAGAGUGUACAAGAUUCGAGAUUCAGUCGUUCCAACCUGCAAACCGUGAAGUAGAGCGUCAACUCGAGUUGCAAAUGGAAGCAGAACGAAAUCGUCGAAAGCAACUCCUCGAUACGCAAGCUCAGAUCAACGUCGCGGAAGGCCACAAAACGCGCGUCAUCCUCGAGUCUGAGGGUCAUCUAGAAGCCAAGUCAAACGAAGCAGACGCAAAAUACAAGACAGUUUUCCGCGAGGCUGAGGCGCGUCAGCAACAAGCCCUCAUGGAGGCUUCCGCCAUCGCCCAGCAAGUUGACAGCAUCGCGCGUUCGCUAGCCCCGAGCGAGGCCGAAGUGACACCAGAGAACCGAAAGCACGCGUUGUCCGUGCUCGUUGAGCUCAAGCGUCUGGAGCAGCUACGAUCCAUCGCGGAAAGCAAGAGCAACUCGACGUACUUCUUCGGAGACAAAGCCUCUUUGGGCAUCGCCAACGACGCGUUCAAUGUAGACUACGCGCAAAAUGUCAAGGCUGGGUUGGAGAAGCCUAAAUCAUCGAGGGUGGAAGGUGCUCUUGUUUAA